CUCCCAACACGCCAAUUUCCUGGAAAUCUUAGGCGUUGUCGGGCCGCGACAUCCAUGUGGGAACCCCUGGAUCAUCGAUAUCUUUAUUUACCCAGGAUUUUGACCUAAAUAAUUGCACCUUCAAUAAUCGCCUCGUAGGUUAUCAAAAUGGAGACAACAGGAGUAGACAAUUGGACUAAAGCCCAUGAAGAAUAUGUAUUCGCACCAUACAUACAGCCCUUGUCUCUGGGACACCCCAGCAAAUUCAAUGCUCCCGAUCCCGAAAUCGAUGACACCCCGACAGCAGCAGAAGAAUCCCUCCUCAAGAAACUCCUCCGCAAAACUCUCAUUGAAUCAAAGCAAGAGGUAGAAAUUCAGCGUAAGAAUCCAAACUCACCCCUGUACAGCGUGAAAUCAUUCGAGGAUCUGAAACUCCAGCCGAAACUGCUGAGAGGGGUCUACGACAUGGGCUUCAUGAAGCCCUCAAAGAUCCAGGAAAUGGCCCUACCAACUUUACUCGCGGAUCCACCAGGGAAUAUGAUCGCUCAGUCCCAGUCUGGCACUGGUAAAACAGCUGCUUUCGUGCUGGCCAUGUUAAGCAGAGUCGACACGUCGAAAUCUUAUCCCCAGGUGCUCUGUUUAUCACCUACUUAUGAGUUGGCUAUUCAGACGGGGGAAGAAGCUGCCAAGAUGUCCAAACAUUGUCCCGAGAUCAAGUUAAAAUAUGCUGUGAGGGGAGAAAUGCUGUCAAGAGGUGAGAAGAUCACCGAGCACAUUAUUAUCGGAACCCCUGGCAAAGUCUUGGACUGGUCCCUCAAAUUUCGAUUCUUCGAUCUCACCAAAAUCAACGUUUUUGUGCUUGAUGAGGCAGAUGUGAUGAUUGCCACUCAGGGCUAUCAGAGUCAGUGUAUCAGGAUGCACAAGCUGUUAUCCAAGACCUGUUCAAUAAUGUUCUUCUCCGCGACGUAUGAAAAAGAAGUGAUGGAGUUCGCUGAGAUGAUUGUCGACGAUCCAAUGAUCAUCAGACUGAGGAAGGAGGAGGAGUGUUUGGAUAACGUCAAGCAAUUCCUCGUCCAAUGCCAGACUGAGGAAGCCAAAUACGAUGCUAUCACAACUAUUUAUACUAAUCUCACAGGACAGGCAAUCAUUUUUUGUCGAACGAGGACGACUGCUGGAUGGCUAGCUCGAAAAAUGAUGGAUGAGGGAUUCACUGUUGCCGUUUUAUCUGGAGAUAUGACUGUAGAGGAACGAAUCGGAGUUCUUGAUCUCUUUAAGGAGGGCUGUGUCACAGUUAUGGUGACGACUAAUGUGUUAUCACGAGGCAUUGACGUAGACCAGGUAUCGCUGGUAGUUAAUUAUGAUCUGCCAGUUGAUCGGCAGUGCAAUGCAGACCACGAGACGUACCUCCACAGGAUCGGUAGAACAGGCAGAUUUGGAAAGAAGGGAAUCGCUAUAAAUCUGAUCGACUCCCCCCAGGCAAUGGCCAUCUGCCAGGAAAUGGAACGACACUUUGGGAAGAAGAUCGAGCUCCUCGACAUUGAAUGUCGAGACCUCAAGGCUAAAAUUCGCGAGUGAACCUUCCACAUUACUUCCUUUCAUAGAUGUAAGUUUGCAAAACACAUUUUGCUCUCGUUAUGUGGACUCCCACAAGUGAUAAUUAUUCAUUAAGUCACUUAGCUAUUGAAGCUUUCGUACUCAUGUAUUUCCUACCCAUAUACUCACUUCAGCCUCUAUUUGGGCCGAAGUAUUUAUUCUUAUAUUGAAUACUCAUUCGCUAUAAUCGAAGUAGUUUAUUAGUUUCGAUUUAAUGAUUAAUGAAACUUAAAAAGAUAUGUAACGGCGAAAGUUCCAUAAUAAACGGAAAAAUAAGUCA